AUGGCUUCUGCUGAUCUAAGAGACGAGCUGGAAUGUUCCAUCUGUCUGGACUUUUAUAAAGAUCCCGUAACACUGAAAUGUGGACAUAACUUCUGCCGAAACUGUAUUGGUGGAAUGCUGGAUAUACAGAACAGAUCUGGUAGUUAUUCCUGUCCCGAAUGUAAGCAAAGGUUCAAGGGACGUCCUGCCCUUCAAAGGAACCUGAAACUGUGUAACAUUGUGGAGAAUUUCGUGUCUAGCCAGUCACUUCAGAAGGAGACAAGGAUAUUCUGUACCUACUGUAUUCACGCUCCUGUACCUGCUGUUAAAUCCUGUCUACAUUGUGAAGCUUCUCUGUGUGGCAAUCACCUGACAGUCCACAGCAAGUCACCAGAACACGUCUUAUGUGACCCCACCACUUCCCUGGAGAACAGGAAAUGCUCCGUCCAUAAGGAACUACUGAAGUAUUACUGCACUGAGGACGCUGCCUGUAUCUGUGUGUCCUGCAGUUUGGCUGGAGAACAUCGGGGACAUCAGGUGGAGACUCUGGAAGUGGCCUCUGAGAUGAAGAAGAAGACAUUGAGAAACGGUCUGCAGACACUGAUGACAAAGAAAAGGGAGACUGAGAAAAGAGUCCAGAGUCUGCAGGAACACACGGGAAAGGUACAAGGAAAAGCAGCUGGUGAGACAGAGAGAGUCACUGCCCUGUUCAGAGACCUCAGGAGACAACUUGAGGACCUGGAGAAGAGAGUCCUUAGUGAGAUGUCAAGGCAGGUAAAGAGGGUCUCACACACACUGUCUGAAGAGAUCCAGAAGCUGGAAAUAAAGAAGGACGAGUUGUCCAAGAAGAUGGGUCACAUUGAGGAGAUGUGUAACAAGAGUGAUCCAAUGACUAUCUUACAGGAAUCAGACAUAGGGGACUUGUGUUACACUGAGGAUGAAGAGAGACACGAUAAGCUCCUACAUGAUGGAGGAGAUCUGGAUGUGGCUGAGAUAAAAAAAAUAUUACACACGGGUUUAUCUUAUAUAAUGUCUGGGGUACUUGUGCAUGAAUGUCAAGACACACAUGUCUAUCCACAUUGUAGUGCAAAGAAGAGGGCUCGCAUUGCUGAUGAAGUAGCCGGGCCAAGCACCCAACCUACCGCCACUGUGCAACCAUCACACCGCCAGGUUGAAGGACCGGAAAUUGGGGUUAAACAGCAAACAUCAAGGAUGUCGGGAGUCACUGGCAUAUUCCUGGAUGUAAGCACAGCUGGCAAUGACCUACAUCUAUCAGAAGACAAGAAAACCGCAUCCUGGUCAGAUGAUAGACAGUAUCGCCCAGAGACGACAGAGAGGUUUCAAUAUUCUCAGGUGUUAAGCAAGCAGAGUUUCUCCUCAGGGCGACAUUACUGGGAAGUGGAUGUAACAGGGUCAGAGUGUUGGAGGGUCGGGAUGUGUUACCCCAGUAUAGACAGGAGAGGAUGGCCUCAGUCAGGCAUUGGGUAUAAUAAGAAGUCCUGGGGUUUGGAGAGGUUGUGGAAUAAUCAGCACUUUGUAAUACAUGAUGAGAAAAGGGUCCCCUUAUCCAGCAAGGUCUCCAGUAACAGAGUCAGGAUAGAUUUGGAUUAUGAGGCCGGACGGAUCUCCUUUUAUGAUCUGUGUGACCCGAUCCAACACCUCCACACCUUCACCGCUACCUUCACUGAGCCCCUCCAUGCUGGGUUAUAUGUAUUGGGAGGUGGUAUAAAGAUAUCUGGGGGGAAUCAGAAGUAAGAGAUCUUCC